UGUGCUUGAUUCCGAUUUGUCACCUUAGCCCAUUUACACAUAUUCUAGAUCAACAAUUGAUUGGCCAAUCAUUGAAAUUUCGGUUACAUUUUUUCGCCUAUAAAUACCGUAUGAAAUUCGAUGUUAGGGUAUCAUUACGAUUUGAUUGUUUCAUCGAAUCACUUUAAUUAUUUCGAUCAUUCAUUCGUUACGGCUAUUUUAUAUAGCAUCAUGAAUUUUCGGUGGAUUCUUGCCAUCGUGCUUUUUGCACUGAUCGCCAACAAAGCAUACGCUAAACCAAACGCAGACCCAGAACCGGACCCAGAAGCACUCGCAGACCCAGAGCCCGAGCCAGAGGCACUCGCAGACCCAGAACCAACCGCAGUUGCUGAACCGGAAAGGAGAUGUGGCUCAUCCGGCUCAUCCGGCUCAUCAUCAUCCGGAACAAGUUGCCAUUCAUCUGGCUACAAAGCCGUGUCAGGUAGCUCAGGUGCUAGCCGCUCAGGUGCUAGCCGCUCAAGUGUUAGCAGCUCAUCUGGCCGAACAAAACGUAUCAGAUACCAAGUCAUGCCAAGAACCAAGGGUAAACGUCAAUAUAUUGCCGAAUAUCCAAAAUGCAAAAAUUGCAACAAGGCAAGCAAGUCAAGCAAUACAAGCAAGUCAAGCAAGUCAAGCAAUACAAGAAAGUCAAGCAAUACAAGCAACACAAGCAAGAAAUCGAAGUAUUCUAAUUCAUCAAAGAAUUCUAAUUCAUCGAAGAAUUCUAAUAAAAGAAAUCGAAGAAACAAAUCACGCAGACGUCGCAAGCGUGGUGGCUGUGGAUGCUCAAUUUGCCCAUGUGCCUUGUUUAUCCCAUUCAACAAUGGAGGAAACAUGGGAGGAACCGGCGGGGGUUAUACAACCUCACGAUCAGGAAAUGGCGGCAACAUGGGCGGAACAACAUCAUCGACAUCAUCAACAUCACGGACAGCGAGCACUGGCGGCAACGCCGGUGGCAAUAAUGGCGGCACAGCUUCAACUGCAAGCACUUCCUCGACAGCAAGAACUUCAUCAACUUAAGGAGCCGUUCCAACAUAGCCACCUCAUGGCGAAAUUCCUUUUUUUUUCACCGGACUAUUUGGCAUACGACAAUCCCAUUCGAAAACUACUUAGGCCUUCCCCAAUCGACUAUUUAUCAACAAAAAUUUAUUGACAUUCGGCCAAUUCAUCGCGUAGCAAGUGUUUUCUUGCACUUCGCCAAAAUGAAAUGGUGCCCGAUGUCCGUUGUUAUUAGUAUUUAAGUUAUUUAUCAUUUCAUGCAAUCAAACGUGAAAAUAAAUAGAGAAGUAAAUGCAAA